UCCUUGAACUUUCUAUCGCAUGGUCAGUUAUUGAAUUCCGCAGAAAAUACUCCUCUUAUCUUUAGCGUCGUAUCAUUAUCUCUGCUUCUGUUCUUAAUUACAUUAUAAUUCUCUUGAAUAUUCGGUUGUUUAUUGAAUCUUUUCAUAUACAGGACUUUACUCUUGAAAACCGGUGAUCUUUACAUUUUUCAUGCUCAAUCUGUGAUUUUAAGAACCUGCUGCUCUUGACACAUUCUUUAGAUUCGCUAACCACGUGCCAGCGAGCUAGCAGGACCUCAUGUUAAAUCCACGAGCGCUGAUACUGCCACUUUUGGCUGCAGUUGGAACUGUUUUAGCUACUGGUUUGGUUAUCAAGCUUUAUCAAUCAUAUAAAAAUGGAAAGAAGAAACAUCCAAUUUUGCUGGUGGAUCCAGUUGUCAAAUAUAGUUUACCAUUAAUCGAAAAAGAGAUUAUUAGUCAUGACACUAGAAGGUUUCGGUUUGGUUUGCCUACUCCCGAACACAUUCUGGGUCUUCCGACUGGACAGCAUGUUCAUCUCACAGCUAAAGUUGGAGAUGAAGUUGUGAUACGUGCUUACACACCAGUUUCCAGUGACGAUGAUUAUGGCUACGUGGACUUGGUCAUCAAGAUAUACUUUAAGAAUGUUCACCCAAAGUUCCCUGAAGGUGGAAAAAUGUCUCAGCAUCUUGAAAGUCUUAAAAUUGGUGAAACGGUCGACUUCCGAGGGCCCUCUGGACGUCUGGUCUAUAAUGGAAAUGGCAAAUUUUCCAUCAAGCUCCUGAGGAAGGAACCUCCUAACGAGUACACUGUGAAAUACGUGGUAAUGAUUGCCGGAGGAACUGGCAUCACGCCUAUGCUACAGCUUAUUCGAAAAAUGAUCAAAGAGCCUGAAGACCAUACUAAAGUAUCUUUACUAUUCGCUAAUCAGACUGAGAAAGACAUACUGUUAAGGAACGAACUUGAUGAAAUCUCUAAGAAACAUAGUGAACAAGUGAAAAUCUGGUAUACCGUUGAUACAAGUAGCAAGGAUUGGCCAUACAGUACUGGAUAUAUAAAUGCUGAGAUGAUCUCCGAGCAUAUGUAUCCUCCAUCACCAGACACCAUUGUAUUGAUGUGUGGUCCACCACCUAUGAUUAAUUACGCCUGCAAUCCUAGUCUGGAUAAAGCAGGAUACGAUCAAAAACUUCGAUUUGCAUAUUAAUCCGUGCAAUUACUAAUCAAUCACAGUUCAAAAUGAAGCCCGCUUGGUUUUCUCUAUACGAAAUCGGUAGAUUGUUGAAAACCUGUUGUCAAUAUAAAUAUUACUUUUUAAAUUAUUCCAUAUUUAUGAAGUAGAGCUAAAUUCUAUAACUCUCAUACCUUAUGGAAUAUAAUUAAAUAGUUCUGUAUUAUAAUACAAAAUAACAAUGCGAUCCGUGACAUUGGUUGAGGCAUUUAUUUAUUAAUAGUAAUGCUAUUGUAUUGUUAUAAAAAAUGCUAACCACAA